CUCAUUUAUACGCUGCCGUUUUGACUGGGUACUCUUCUUCCCUUCCUCUUCAUGCUUCUUCAGCUUUCUCCUUCUUUCGUCUCAUGGUUAAUCGUUCUUUUCCUCGGCCUAAUCAUUUCAUAUACCCACUUGUUCUUAAGUCUACACCAUAUCUUUCCUCUGCUUUUUCUACUCCUUUGGUGCAUACCCAUUUGUUCAAAUCUGGAUUUCAUCUCUAUGUUGUUGUUCAAACUGCUCUGCUUCACUCUUACGCUUCCUCUGUUUUUCAUAUAACUCUUGCAAGACAACUGUUCGACGAAAUGUCUGAGAGAAAUGUUGUUUCUUGGACUGCUAUGCUUUCUGGGUAUGCUAGGUCUGGUGAUAUCUUUAAUGCUGUUGCUCUCUUUGAAGAUAUGCCUGAGCGUGAUGUUCCUUCUUGGAAUGCAAUUCUUGCUGCUUGUACUCAGAAUGGUCUUUUUGUUGAAGCGGUUUCUCUGUUUAGAAGGAUGAUUAAUGAGCCUUGUAUUCGUCCUAAUGAGGUAACUUUAGUUUGUGUUCUCUCUGCUUGUGCUCAAACUGGUACUCUUCAGCUGGCUAAAGGGAUUCAUGCGUUUGCGUAUCGUCGUGAUCUUUCUUCUGAUGUGUUUGUUUCGAAUUCUUUGGUUGAUUUGUAUGGAAAAUGUGGUAACUUGGAGGAAGCAAGCUCUGUUUUUAAGAUGAGUUCAAAGAAAAGUUUAACAGCUUGGAAUUCUAUGAUCAAUUGCUUUGCACUCCAUGGUAGAAGCGAAGAAGCCAUAGCGGUGUUUGAAGAAAUGAUGAAGUUGAACAGUAACGAUAUCAAACCAGAUCACAUUACUUUUAUCGGUCUUCUCAAUGCGUGUACUCAUGGGGGUUUGGUAUCAAAAGGCCGAGGUUAUUUCGAUCUGAUGACAGAAAGAUUCGGUAUUGAGCCAAGGAUUGAGCACUAUGGCUGUCUAAUAGAUCUUAUAGGUAGGGCAGGUCGGUUCGAUGAAGCUUUGGAAACUAUGUCCACGAUGAAGAUGGAAGCGGAUGAAGCGAUUUGGGGCUCAUUGCUCAAUGCUUGUAAGAAAUAUGGCUAUUUGGAUUUGGCUGAAGUUGCUGUAAAAAAUCUGGUUGCUUUAAAUCCCAACAAUGGAGGUUAUGUCGCUAUGAUGGCAAAUUUAUAUGGAGAGAUGGGUAAUUGGGAAGAGGCACGCAAAGCUAGAAAGAUGAUCAAGCACCAAAAUGCUUUUAAACCACCAGGCUGGAGUCAGAUUGAGAUUGAUAACAAGGUUCAUCAGUUCUACUCUCUUGACAAAUCACAUCCGAAGACGGAGGAGAUAUAUAUGAUACUGGACAGUCUGAUUUCUUUCUGACACAUUUGGAAGGUCUUAGAUUCUCUGACAAAGCUGCACUCUGGUUUCUAACAGCGAGCUUCCUGCAUUGAUUUACACCGGAUAUAUGGCUUCAGAGAAACUGUGGAAGCUGGAAUUUUUAUAAUUGAUCUCUCCACAGGUUACUGAUAACCAAAAGCUGGUACGGUAAUGUUAUGUACUCUUUUGUUGUACUGUAAGAAGAGGAACUAUUACGUGAUAUUGCAGAAACACUAUGUUGCUUGUUAAGAAAGUAAGUCUUGCAAU